AUGCCAAAUGAGGGAAAUGAAGCCGUGGGAGCAAAGGGUCCUCAAACGUUCUGCACGUACACUAAUGCCGAUUACAAUAACGGUCGCGGAGUCAGCCUCGUAGUAACUCCAGAGGUCGCGGCUAGUGUUACAAUGGAGACAUUUGGUAUGAGUAUUGGUGGCAUGGAGGGCGUGGUUGGUGAAAAUAUGGGCAUGUGGGAAGUCAAAUAUGCGGGCGAGAAAGGAAAAGGGUUGUUCGCGAAGAAGGAUAUCGCUGGAAUUUUCCCAGGCGAGAGUCUGAUUGUGCAGACACCAGUGCUGUUUGUUGCUAGGCCGCUGGCAGAAACCAAGGACAGACCACAGCACGUAUUAAAGCAAGCAGUCGAGCAGUUGCCGGCAGAAACAAGGGAGAUGGUCAAGGCGUUGGAUGUCAACAUAGAUGGCAGCGUCGAGGACAUUGUUCUGACAAACGGCAUUGGUGUAAAAUGGCCGUGGGUUGAUGAGCUUCCAGAGCUGUUGGCAGUCAUUCCCGAGGCCGCUCGUAUCAAUCACGCGUGCCGGCCAAACACCUUGUGGCGCUUCGACGAUUACACCCUCUCAUUCGAAGUCUUCGCUCUCAGAGACAUCAAGCCCGGUGAAGAGAUCACACGAAGCUAUGGCUACGAAAAACGUCCCCGCAGGCGCCGCGUCAAGACCCUGAUGGCUAACUUUGGCUUCCAGUGCGCCUGCCCCCUAUGCACCGCAGAUGACGAUGGAGUGAUGGAAUCCAACGACCGCCUCUCCGAGAUCAAAGCCUUGAAAUCUGUUCUCCCCACUGACGAGAAGGACUCGCCGCAGCUCCUCGGCCUCCUCCCCAAACUCAUCGAGCAACUGGAACAAGAAGAACUCUUCGCUGAGCUACCACAGUAUGAAGAAAUUCUUGCAUAUACAUGGAGUAGCUUCGGAAUUGAAGAUCGGGCGAGAUACUGGGCGGAGAGGGCGCAGAAACAUUGGGCUGUUGUGGCAGGCAAGGAGAGUUGGGAACAGAGGAGGUGUGGGGAGUUGGCGGAGAACGUUAGGGGACAUAGUACUUGGAUGACCUGGGAGGGUGAUCCCUGGGAGGGCGUUGGACAGGGACAUCCAUGGGAUGAGAAGGAGGGAGAAGGGCAUGAACAUGGACAUGAGCAUUGA